ACCGAUGCCAAAUUGAAAUUGACAGGAUUGACUCUAAGAUGCUUUUGAGGCACCUUGUACUGCGAGAAACACGAAAGCGAAGACUUUUGGUAGUCACGGACAGGACCGGUGUUCAAAUCCCAUCUGGGCUGUUCCGCCAUAGUGAGGACUGACUAUCCAACUAUGCGGUAUCAAUAAGUCUAGCAAGCCAGAAGUGGUAGGCAUGACCUAAUAGAUCAUUAGGCCAAGAAAGAAGAAUUAGUAAGACCCCUUCUUCGAGCAUACUCUUCUGAAGACGAGGUCCUUCGGACAUCGAGGUAACUUGGAUGACGACUAUUAAACCCGCCACUGUGGAUGCCUGGUUUUUGUGGUUGUUUCAAUAGUGAUCGAAAAUAAGAACUGACCUUCAGGAUGAUUUGUAUGGACAUGUGACGAACAUCCUUAAGGAUAAGAUAAAUCAAUUAACGCUUAACAUUCAAUAACAUUUAAACCGUUAAUGCUAAGGAGGAAUUGUAUAUAACAUGAAAGGACUUAGUGCGCAUGUCCCAGCAUCCUGCCGACCGCCCGAAUGCUGAUGCACCGAGAAGAAUAUAAAAGGAGCGGCAAGGAUGCUCUGUUGCCUUCACUGGUGCACGUGAACUUUUAAGAGUUAGUUGUUUCCCGUAAAACUUCCGUAACCCCAAACUACAAGUACACGGGGAGAUGUAGUUGCCAUCAGCAACCAACAACCAAUCCCAAAUGACAACAACGGACGCAGCAGCUACGGGUAUUUCUUCGAAUGAAAUACAAACAAACUCGCCAAAAUCAUCCAAGCAACCGCCAGCUGAUGGUAACCCGGCAGGCGUCAGUGCUUUUGGCAGCGUCAAUUCGUUCCUUAGCAACGCCACAGGACAUGACGCACGGUGUGUUUCCUCCUUCGACGGGUUUGUGCAUCGGUGUAUGUACCGUCCCGUCGAUGGUGCUGCUCUCGGUGUGGCACGCGCUCUGUUCGGACUGGCCAUGCUUAUCGACAUCCCGGAAGAGCGGGGUGGUGGCGAUUUAGAUCUACGCUGGGGAGAACCCCGAGACUGCCGCUUCCCGCUCAUCCAUUCGAUGGAACCACCAACGCUACCGAAAAUGGGUCUCGUUUACGGCUUGAUGUGGCUCGGUGCUGUUGGCAUUAUGGUUGGCUAUCGGUUCCGCAUCUCAGUUGCCAUCUUCACCGGGACGUACUGGUACGUGUUUCUGCUGGAUAAAAGUGCCUGGAACAAUCACAGCUAUUUGUACGGACUAUUGGGGACAAUCUUCCUGUUUACCGAUGCGCACCGAUGCUGGUCGAUUGAUGCUUGGCAAAACCCACCCGAAGAUCAAACCGUCCCCUUCUGGAACUACUUCAUUCUCAAGUUUCAGUUCUUCGUGCUAUACUUUGUGGCCGGUUUGAAGAAGCUCUGCCGCGAAUGGUUGUCCGGGUACGCGAUGACCAACCUCAGCUAUCACUGGGUGUUUGCUCCGUUCCGUGCCCUGCUCGGACCGAUGCUCACCGAUCUGCUGAUUGUGCAUUGGUUUGGAUGCAUCUUCGAUACGACGGUUGUGUUUUUCCUGGUCUAUGGUCCAACGCGCAAACUGGCCACCCUGUUCGCGUGCGCAUUUCAUCUGAUGAAUUCUAGGCUGUUCCAUAUCGGUAUGUUUCCCUGGGUGUGUCUGUCGCAACUCCCACUGUAUUACAGUUUCAGUUGGCCAAGGAGACUUCUGCCUUUUUCCAACGGCUCGGAAGAACCUUCAAGCAAUGAUCAUAACGAGCAGGAUAACUGGCUGCGGGAAGAGAAAAGCGUAAAGAGGAAAAAGCGCAACCGGAAGUGGACCAUGAUGGCCAUGUUGGCGUACUGUUCACUGCAAUGCUUCUUGCCCUACUCGCACUUCCUUACGAAAGGAUACAAUAAUUGGACCAACGGGUUGUACGGCUACUCCUGGGACAUGAUGGUACACGCUUGGGACACAAUUAUGAUCGGUAUCCGGGUGGUGGAUCGUCACGACCCGGAACGGACGCACUACGUUGAACCAUUCGCGUUUGUCGAUAAUGAUCGCUGGACGAAGCAUGCCGAUAUGGCCGUUCAGUUUGCACGCUGCAUCGAACGAAACAUCCAGCAGGAAGCUUCAAAACUACCGACCCCACAACGGCCGGCUUCGGCAAUCGAUGCGCCAGCAACUUCGAAUGUGUCCAUCUACUUCGACAUUUGGUGCAGUAUGAAUGGACGAUUUCAGCAGCGUAUAUUCGAUCCCAACGUGGACAUUCUGCGUGCCCCUUGGUCACCAUUCGAACCGGUCCAAUGGGUACUCCCACUGCUGCAACAGUUCAGCGGAUUGCGCGACACGCUGAUACGUCGACAAACGGAUGAAGUGCUCAGCUGGAGCAACCACUCGGAUGUACUGUUCAUUGCCGACUUUCCUGGGCUGACAUUGCGCAACUACGUGGGAGAAGAUCUGUACAACGUCUCACUGACCGUGCUGCAGGGCACGGUUCGAUACGAAGCAUCGCCGGAUGAAGAUGUCGCGAAAAGUUCGGAGAUACUGCACACUGGACAAAGUGCUUCACUGCCGGCGGGAGCUUUUCACGCCAUUGAAACGAUUGGCGGCGAACCAUCCUGCUACAUGUACACGUACGUAAACCGUACCAAGGAGCAGGAGGCCAUCAGGAAUGGAUCGGAAGUGAAAUCGCACCCGGCAAUGCUACCGCUCGUUGACGAGUUUCUACAUCGAUGGGAAAACUUUGUACGCUUCCUGCAGCAUGUAGGCAAUUCGUUGCUGUACGAGGUGUACGGUGUCCCCAUGCCAAGACGCCUGAAGGAACUCGUUGCGGAUGGAUAAAACUACGCGUACUGAUCGAGAAAUUAGGGGACAAAUCCCGCGUGCUAUAUAGGUGUUGUGAAAACCAUGGAGACGAGAUAACGAUGUGAUUUUGUUUUGCAAAUUAUGCCAUACUGCGCGUUCUGUUCCUCGUUAAAAUAAAACUUACACGUGUAAUUUACAACUGGA